CAAGUAUUUUAUUUGAUUUUAAUCUUUCAAUAGUUUUUCUGUGGAAUAACCAUACAAAAUAUUUUAACUGGCUAAGACAUUGAUGUGUAUUUGUGAAAUAAAUAGGAACAAAUAAUCUCCUGUUUCCCGUGUCAGCUUUCUGGGCAUUUUGUAUUUGCGAAGCGGAUGAACGCUUGUGUCACGCUAAUAGCUAUAUUGCAGUCAUAAUUGUAGUCGUGGGGAAUACCAAGUGUUGGUUGUGACUUGUGAUCGAUGGCUAAUUGAAGACUUCCGCGGCGUGGUAAUUGGCGGGGUGCUGAUUCCCGCUACUGGUGACUCAUACCCAGAAUCUGUAACCAUGGACACGGACGAUGGCGAAUCCUCGAGUAGCGGACCUAUGUCCAGUUUGAACAGCUUGUUUUCAUUUACAAGUCCCGCCGUGAAGAAGCUGCUGGGAUGGAAACAGGGUGACGAAGAAGAGAAAUGGGCGGAGAAGGCAGUAGACAGUCUGGUGAAGAAGCUCAAGAAGCGGAAAGGCGCUAUCGAGGAGUUGGAGAGGGCGCUGUCUUGUCCGGGGACGCCGUCAAAAUGCGUCACCAUACCCAGGUCACUUGACGGGAGAUUACAGGUAUCUCACCGCAAAGGUCUCCCUCACGUCAUAUAUUGCCGUGUGUGGCGCUGGCCAGACCUUCAGAGUCAUCACGAGCUGAAACCACUCGAAAUCUGCCAGUACCCGUUCAGCGCGAAGCAAAAGGAAGUAUGCAUUAACCCUUAUCAUUACAAGCGAGUCGAGAGCCCCGUUUUACCCCCAGUAUUGGUGCCGAGACAUUCCGAAUUUCCCCCCGGCCAUUCCCUCCUACCGUUUCAAAGGACGACCGAACCGGCGAUGCCACACAACGUGUCGUACUCGGGCUCCGGUUUCCCCCCUUCCGCGAGCUCCGAGUUGCCAGACACGCCUCCUCCAGCGUACUCGCCCCCCUCGGACGACAUCGAACCCCCUGGCGAGGUCGCACCGGUUUCGUACCAGGAACCUUUGUAUUGGGCGUCGGUGGCGUACUACGAGCUGAACUGCAGGGUCGGGGAGGUGUUCCAUUGUAACACACACUCAGUAGUAGUGGACGGGUUCACAAAUCCUUCGAACAACAGCGACAGGUUCUGCCUAGGACAGCUUAGUAACGUGAACAGAAAUUCCACGAUCGAAAAUACGAGACGUCACAUAGGCAGAGGCGUUCACCUGUAUUACGUAGGCGGGGAAGUCUACGCCGAGUGUCUCUCGGACGCGGCCAUCUUCGUCCAGAGCCGUAACUGCAACCACCACCACGGUUUCCACCCGUCCACAGUGUGCAAGAUCCCACCGGGGUGCUCGCUGAAGAUAUUCAACAACAGGGAAUUCGCGCAACUGCUCUCCCAAAGCGUGAACCAUGGUUUCGAAGCGGUGUACGAGUUGACGAAAAUGUGCACGAUCCGGAUGUCGUUCGUGAAAGGCUGGGGGGCGGAGUACCACCGGCAGGAUGUGACGUCGACCCCCUGCUGGAUCGAAGUGCAUCUGCACGGACCGCUGCAGUGGCUGGACAAAGUCCUAACGCAGAUGGGGUCUCCGCACAACGCUAUAUCGUCAGUCUCUUAGCCGCGUCAAAACUCGAUGUACCCCACCGUACUUUUUACCUCCAAAAAUGUAUUACCGAAAUUUAAUCUCAAUUCUGUUAAUUGCACGUUUCUUUUACAAUGAGGUUAUAAUUGACUGCUGGUAACUUGUAUUGCUAGAUGCGGCCUCUUGGUUUUUUAAUUUUAUUUAUCUUAUUAAUCGGGUCUUAACACGAAUAAUUUUAUGAUAAAUAAAGGUACCUGUUUCGAUGUUUCGAUUAGGUUGCACUAGCCGUGGUCACGAGCUGACUGAAGUAUACGAUGCCAGUAUCAGUAGGUGCCAACAGUUUUUUCAACUACCGUCACUGGAUUGUCUAACGAAAUAUCGCCACAAAACACUCAUGGUAUCCGUACAGUUGACUGUUGAUGCUACUGAAUUGUAUUUAUUUAUGACUAA